CAAUAUGGCGGACUCCCUUGUUUGCAGUGGAAACGUCCGAGUUUAUAAGUUCAAGGUGCCAUCAUCUACUUCAAGGAAGCUGAUUAAAGAGAUACAGUCGUAACACAAUGUCGGCCUCGUCUGCGAGUUUGUUAUUGGGGGAUAUUAGUGACAUGGUCCUGUGGGUCCCGCAUGCCCUCGAGCCUGUUUACCCUAUGACUCGUGACAUUUCUAUACAGAGAAGGCGGGAGAUUCACGCAUCCCUCGCAUCAGCCUGAUUGAACAGUUUCCGCCUGGGAGGUUUUCAGUGAGUGUGUAUUUACUUAACCACUCACAGUGCUGUUGCCCAGCUUCGGGUUUUGAAAUACACACUGUGUGAGAGUCCACGGUAGCCUGUUUAGGAUGAUGUGUGAUGAGAUGACGGUAUAAACACUACCUUAUCACACAGGAGGAGAUCAACUCGGAAAGACGAUUUGCGAUCAGGCGACGAGAAGAAAAUGACGGAAGAUGCAGGACGUUUAGACAAAUACUGGGACGUCGAUCCCAAGAGUGGAGCGUCGCUCGUAGAUGCCACCGCCUCCGGGAACAAGCAACCGCUUGAUGGUGGAGGAAAUCGUAACGGGUGUCUCCGAGCGUCUCUCAUCCUAUAUAGUAUUGUUUUGUUGCUUCUUGGGUGUGCGGCGAUGUACUUGGGAAUCUGGCUUUUUCAAAAUGCAACAGGGAUGAUCCCAAUUGUGGGUGAUCCAUUUAUUCAAACUGCAAUCCUGUCUAUCGUGGUUGGUGUGGCGCUGUCAGUCCUAGCGGUAUGUGGGUGUUUCGGCUCCAUACGGAAACACAGACGCGUAUUACUGUGUUUUUGGUCAACAUUAGGCACAUUUGUUAUAUUUGUGUGCGUGACUUUAGUACUGCAGUUCAUUUAUCGCAAUGAGUUUAUCUCAGGCAUAAUGGAACGUAUGCGUGACGGAUUAAAGAAACAGUACGGUGUUGACACAGAGAGCGAGCCGGAGAACAAGUACAUCACAGAGUUGUGGGACCUGGUUCAGCAGCAGAUUGGUUGCUGUGGCAUCUCCAAGGACGGCAGAGAACCCUGGGCCUACUAUUCCAAAAACACUCUUUGGUAUAAAGAAAUAGUGAAGCGUGGCCGGGGUAGGAAGGUCCCUGACAGCUGUUGCAUCCCUGAGGGAGACAUCGCCGUCUGUACCGGACAAACCUACUUCGCAGGACCCCCCAAAUAUCGCAAUCAACGGUAUAGGAAUAUGACAAACCCUCACUUAUACACCAACGAUUGUUAUGACCUGUUGACGGCGUUGUUGUUGAAGACGUUUAACAUCGUACUUGGCGCUGGGUAUGCAAUCGUUCUACUCAUUUUGGUAAUUGGCGUCAUAAUAGCAUACUGUUUGCACGCAAGAGUUGGUGGCGCGUCACCGGUCCAAAAGGAAGAACAGUUGGAACUUGCUGGAAGCAACCAGACACAAAACAUGGAAGCAGAAAUGUAGCAGACAUUAUUUAAACAGUAAAAUGCCAAAUUGCUACCAUUUUAUCGUUCAUAUUCCAAAAAUUAUAUCUAUGCAUUUCAAAUCACAGGAACGUAAAGAUUCCCAAUCCAAACGAGGAUUGGACGUUAUGGGAGACAGACUUUGUCUUUCUGUUUUUUCAGUUCGCUCUGGAGCAAAGAUUGUCAUGAAAUAAUGUAUACAGUUCAGGCAUGUGCUGAACUGGUGCCUUUUGUAACUCAGGAAUUUUGUAUUAUUUUAUUUACUUUGAGUGACUUAAAGCCCAUUCAUAAACUGUUCGUUAUAUAUUCCUGAAACUUUGCGGUGAACAGGUGGCUUUUUCUACCAAGGAAUGUGUUCAAAUAGGGUAAGGUUAGUUUCCUCAGCAUCAUUCGAAUUCUCCAAAGAGAAAUAAAGUAGACCACAGUCUAAGGUGCUGCAAUUCGAUGUGCACAGUUGUUUACCUUAGUCGUACCAGUAACUUAUGACCGUAUGUUAGAAGAAUUGCCCUUAUUAUGUUUUCAUGGUUUGUCAUGAUCAUUGGUUUGUCCAAAAUGGUAAACGUCUAAGACCUGUAUCACUUUCGGCAUUCAAACUAAACAAGCUGACACCGUUAACUUCUACGUAAUACCAAUCAAACAACAUCCGUCAACUUCUAAGUAAAGCCUAUCAAACAAUUUAAGCUGACACGCUGUCAUACGAGGUUACAACAUUCAAUACACCAGUAAAGCUUUCAAAAAGUUUCAUUGUAGACACGUGCAGGACAUUCCUAAUUUGACGCAUCAGUGACAAAAUUUAUGUUUGAUUCAAAUUCCUAUUUUCUCUUGUACCGUAUGUUCCCGUGUUUCUUUAACUGAAUAAUUGACUUGCCAUUGCAUGUGUGUGACUGGUUCCACCGGUACCACUGCUUUAUACAGAUAUUUCUAUUUGAAGUGGAAAGGGUUUUGUCGCUUUAUUUAUUGAAAUACUGUUGAAACUCACUCGCUACUCUCUCAUAUCCCUAUUGUUCAACUGCCAUGGUUGUCACUGUUUUUUCUCUCGUUCAUUAUCAGUUAGUUGUAUUGGAGGUAAUUAAAACUGCCAUGACAGAUUAACCAUUGUAAUAUGAAAGAUUUGGAUGGUCCUUAACUUUGUUUGGUGGUAUAGAAUGCUGUUUUAGCAUGCCAGAUAUAUGCAUCGUCCUACUCUUUAUACAGUAGCGUAGACGACAUGAAGCUCAGUCCAAAGGCGAUUCCUAGUGCUAUCACAACCAUUUUCUACUAUCCCAAGCAAUUACUCUUUUCGUAAACACCUGAUCCAUUCUGUCAAGUUUCAUCAAUAGUUUUACUGUUACGCCAUAUGGACUCGAGACUGAUUAAUUUCUGAUGUGGAUGUUUUGCAUUAAGACAUACGUAUGUAUUUAUUUAAUAUGUAUCUUAUGUGAUGCAGUGAAUGUACCGUACAAACACUCCAGAAUGAUUGUUCUUACUCAAUAUCUAUAAAACAACAGUAAUAAACUGUUCUGUUUCUGUCAAUGGGGAUACUAUAUUUUUUGGAGAAUCAUUUUGUGUAUUUUACCACAGUCAUUCUAACAUUUUCUCAUCAUUCAGUGUCUUAUUCAUGUGGCCUACCUCGAUUUAGUGUGAUGUCAAGUCAAGUCGUUAUGCGUAUGAUGUUCUGAAUCUAUUUGAAAUAGUUAUUACUUAUUUA